UAUAUAGCCAUUGGGCAGGAAAUAUUAAGGAUGCAUGCAUUCACCGAAAACAAGCCGGAUUUGCAUAAGCAAAUUGGAUGCAUGUCCAGCAUCUUUCAGAUGUUUGGCCGUCGCCACCUCCUCACCAGGAGACACCUUAAUGGAAGCAGCCAUAAGUGGCACCCUCCAGGCCACACCUCUUUAAACUGCAGAAGUCACAGAACAGAGCAGAAUGGAUAUUCCCCACAUAUUAUUUUGGAGAAAAAUCUCAGCAAGAGUCUGAAUGAAAACCGAAGAGUUUCUAUGGAUUCAUCCAAGGCUUCUUGUUCAUCUUCAUCUUGCUCAUCGUUUUCAUCUUUUGAGUGUAACAAAUCAACUCAAGGAGAUUCCUCCUCCUUUGACCAAACAUUCUUUGCAGAGAAGUCCCCUAAGAAUUCACCAAAAACAAGGAGUUCAGAUAUUGAUACCAAAUCCUUUUGCCCUGAGCCUUGCCGUGACUGCCCAAUUGCGCCAACUAAGUCCAAUCAGCAAUCCCUUGAUUUCAGAGAUGUUGUCAAGGACUCUAUCAACAAAGAUACUCAAAGUCUAUCAGUAAAAACUUCAACCCGUGAGGAGGUAAAAAGCCAUUCAUACAAGCACAGAGACUCUCCAAGGCCUAUGCUUCAUUCCAAAUUGAUGGAUGAAACCUGCAGAAUUGGGAUUGAUGGGAAGCAGAAAAUGUCUAUGGAUCUCAAAGCAUCCCUUAGUGUUCUGAAGCAAAUUAAAGAAGCACCUCGCUAUUUUUCUGAAGCUAGCGAACUGCCAAAAUCUUCAUAUGAAGCCAAACAUGCCUCCUUAGACCCAGUAUCAAGUGAAACUCCUCAGUUCUCAUGCAAUGGGAGAGAAUUCUCACGACGGUCUCUGGAUUCCAGAGAGAAUAGCACGUCUACUGCUAUUAAGCACACAGAGCUACCAAGACUGUCACUGGAUAGCAGAGAAAGUUCCCUGAGGAGUUCUAACCUUGAUUGGAAACUGAAUUCAUUGCUGAACAAUUUAGAGCCAACUAAAACCAACCAAAGUGUCUCUACAACCUCAAACCUGCAACGAGAAUCGGGUGGUCCCAAUCACCCUUCCAGUGUCAUUGUGAAGCUCAUGGGCUUGGAGGCACUUCCCAGCUUGGAUUCAGCAGCAGAGGAACUGAACACCAGAAAGGGCAAUGGACUGAGGGGUAAUAACUCAUCACCAAAGCCAUUAAGAGCCAUUACAGACAGCAAGGAUGAUCAGCACCCACACUCUCCAAAGAGCUCCCUCAAAGAUUCUGUUAAGCCAAAGGUAAAAGGUUGUGAUUCAGUUGUGCAACAAAAUUAUAGAGCAAGGAGUGUAACCCAAGCAGCUUAUUGGAGGCAGCAGGAUGGUGACCAUGUCCCCAGAAAAACAACAUUAGGAUACCAAGAAGCUCAUAUGAAGCAAGAAACUGAGUUUGUUUAUAGUGAGGUACAAAAAAGAUUGAAAGAGCUUAAGUUCCAGCAACCCAAUAAAGACCUUAGAGCUCUUAAACAGAUAUUGGAUGCCAUGCAUGCAAAGGGGCUGUUAGAAACCAAGGAAGGUGAGGACCACCACUACAAGAUAACAGUCCAGGAAAAUUCCAGCAACCAUAUCCCAAUUGGGGAUUAUCAGAUUUCGAGAUCCCAAAAUGUCCAAAAAACAUCAGCCAAAGGAAGUAGUUCUCCAAGAGCUCUGGAGUCUCCAAUUGUAAUUAUAAGACCUGCAAAGUCUGUCAAACUUUCAGCUUCCGCACUCAUUCCACUUGAAGGCCUAUCAGAUCUCCAGAAGUUGCGCACCAGUGAUCCAGUGGAUAGAAGGAAGGGCUCUACAAACAGCAAAAUGGUUAAAGAUCAAUCUCCAAAAGCCAGUCAUAAGAAGUGUGGUAAUGAAUUUCUUCUCUCCAUGGAGAAGGAAUUCGAUAGGAGGACCAAAGAAAAUGGUGGACAGAGAACUAGAUUGCAUCACAUGCAUGGUUUGCCCAGGCCUCAAGGGUCCCAGAGAAAAAAUAGUGGAAGCUCAGUAAGAACUUCAAGCUCUCUGAGCCCAAGAUUACAGCAGAGGAAGUCAGAAGCAAAGAAGAAAUGUUCUCCGCCUAUCCCUCCGAAUGCAAAUAAGCCCCGACGGCACUCUCCCAAUAGACAACCAUCUGAAUUGGUUUCUCCAAGAGGCAAGCUCGGACUAAAACCAUCCCGUGCACUACAGUCUGAUGAUCAGUUCAAUGAAAAAGCCAGUGACAUGAAAAAAUCAGUUCAUUCAGAAGAUGAAAUCUUCCAAUGGCCUGACAGCAAUGCUAGCUUGGAACCACAGGCUGAUGUAGAAGCAACAAGUGUUGACCAGUCUAUGGCCACAAACUCAGCCUUCUUCCAGCAAGGCUUCAAGAGUCCAUCAAGGAGACAUGGUGCAGCUUUAGCCUUGAACCAGAAGAGGCCAUCAUUCAUUUUAAAUGAAGAUAUUUCACUUAAGGAGCUCGCAACUGUUGCAACCAAACAGCCAAGUCCUGUCUCUGUCCUUGAUGACUUCUUGUACCGAGAUGACUUGCUACCUUCUUCUGUGGAGAGAAAUCCAAAUGUAUUCAAAGGUGAAGACUUGGCCUAUGAUCUCUCACUUUCAAAGUACACAGAUGAAAAAAUUCCUACUUCAGAUGAUUACCAAAAAACAAUUGGCCUGCCUGAUUCCCCACCACCCAAGAUGAUCUCUGAAAUCGACUACAAGAAACUUGAAAGCAUUGAGAACCAAGUUCAGCAACUUCAACAGCUUACCUCAACAAAUGAUGAACCUUCCACCAUUGAUCUCAUCGCUUCACUGAGCUACACCAAGAAUGUGGAUCAUCAAUAUGUGUCUGAGAUACUUUUGGCAUCUGACCUUUUAGUCAAAGAUCACAGUUGUGGACUGAGGUGUUCAAUGCCCAUUCAGCUCCAUGCAACAGGCCAUCCCAUCAACCCUAACUUGUUCCUUGUACUUGAGCAAACAAAGUCAGCUGGGCUCUCAAAACCUGAACCUGCUCCGGAAAAAAUUCUCCAGCCUAAGCCAGAUCCAGAGAAGCUUCACCGCAAGCUUGUUUUCGAUGUAGUAAAUGAGAUUCUGCUUCAGAAGAUGGACUUAGUGAUCCAUAACCCUCGCUGCAACCUCCUGCUUCAAGCUUGGAAGCUUAGCAGUCAGCAUUUACUGAAAGAACUUUGCUUGGAAGUUGAUCAACUCCAAGCUGAAAGGUUAAAGGCCAGCAGCUUUGAUGAUGAUGGUGAUGGUAACUUAAUAUCAUGCAAGGAUCUGCUGCAUCAGUCAGAAGGGUGGACAGACUUUGGCAGCGAGCUAGCAGGCCUGGUUUUGGAGAUUGAAAGAUCGAUAUUUAAGGAUCUGAUUGAUGAGGUUGUCACUGGUGAGGCUGCAUCUGGUUUGCAAACCAAACCAAGUAGGCGGCAAAUGCAGCUCUUUGCUAAGUGCAGUAAUUAAUUAAUAUUUUGUAUCUUUGCUUUAUCUUGUGACAAUACAAUAUCAUUUAGUCAAUGAAAUGGCUCUUUUAUUUAUAGCUAGUAUGUGGGGCACAUCUGUUUCAAAAGUUUGAAGCAACAGGAAUUUUCAGUGACCACUGAACCCCAAGGGCUCAUUCACAAGAAUGCCAUUUACUCAUCUUUGCCCUUA